UCCUGGCUCGCUAGGCGUUCUCUCUCUCUCUCUCUCUCUCUUUUUCUGGAGUUACCGCAGCUGCCCGCUGUAAAAAGCCCGGGUGGCUGGACUGGGAGGCCGGCAAGUUGAGGUCAGCCAGCAAUGGCUGAAAGACGCGCCUUCGCCCAGAAAAUCAGCAGGACUGUUGCAGCUGAAGUAAGAAAGCAGAUUGCCGGCCAGUAUGGAGGCUCUCCUCAGCUCCUUAAAAAUUUAAAUGUUGGUGCCAAUACUUCCCACCAUACUGUUCCGCUCACAGAAGCAGUUGACCCAGUGGACUUUGAAGAUUAUUAUUUAACGCAUCCUCCUGCUGUGGAAUCUGGUCCUUUGAGAGAUCUUAUUGAAAUUCCCUGUGAUGACAUUGAAGUACUGUUUACGCCUAGGGAAUGUCGGACAAUAGUUCCGGCAGUGCCAGAGGAAGGGGAUAAUGACUUGCAUGUGAGGGACUGUGCAAGAUCCUACACUGAAGACUGGGCAAUUGUAAAUAGAAAGUACCACAAACUGGGCACUGGGUUCAACCCCAACACGCUUGACAAACAGAAAGAGAGACAAAAAGGUCUCCCAAAGCAAAUCUUUGAAUCUGAUGAAUUACCAGAAAAUAGUGGGUACCAGGAUGACCAGGAUGACCUUAAAAGAAGAUCCAUGUCAAUUGAUGAUACACCACGUGGUAGCUGGGCCUGCAGUAUAUUUGAUCUCAAAAACUCACUCCCAGAUGCUUUACUUCCUAACCUGCUUGAUCGUGUGCCAAAUGAAGAAAUUGAUCGACAGAAUGAAGAACAGAGAAAAUCUAACCGACACAAAGAACUUUUUGCUUUGCACCCAACUCUUGAUGAGGAAGAGCCAAUUGAACGCCACACUGUUCCAGAUGUCCCAAAAGAACAUUUUGGACAGAGACUAUUGGUGAAAUGUCUGUCUUUGAAGUUUGAGAUUGAAAUUGAACCCAUUUUUGCAAACCUAGCCUUAUAUGAUGUUAAAGAAAAGAAAAAGAUUUCAGAAAACUUCUUCUUUGACUUAAACUCUGAGCAAAUGAAAUCAGUGCUACGACCACAUGUUCAGUCAGCUGCAAUUUCAACACUGGCCCGGUCAGCAAUCUUUUCCAUCACGUACCCCUCUCAAGAUGUUUUCUUGGUCAUAAAGUUAGAGAAAGUACUACAACAAGGAGACAUCGGAGAGUGUGCAGAGCCGUAUAUGGUGUUCAAAGAAUCUGAUGCAGCCAAAAAUAAAGAGAAACUGGAAAAGCUGAGGAGUCAAUCUGAGCAAUUCUGUCAACGGCUGGGUAGAUAUCGGAUGCCAUUUGCUUGGACUGCUAUUCACCUCAUGAAUAUUGUCAACAGUGCUGGAAGCUUGGAAAGGGACACCACAGAUCUAGAAAUAGGUGUACCAGAACGGAAAGGCUCAUGGUCAGAGAGGAGAAACUCGAGUAUUGUGGGACGGCGCUCUCUUGAGAGAACUACCAGUGGAGAUGAAUCCUGUAAUUUAUCUAGCUUUAGACCUGCCACACUAACUGUUACCAACUUCUUUAAACAGGAAGGAGAUCGCCUCAGUGAUGAAGACCUGUAUAAAUUUUUGGCUGACAUGCGAAGGCCUUCUUCUGUUUUAAGAAGACUUAGACCAAUUACAGCUCAGUUAAAAAUUGACAUUUCUCCAGCACCUGAAAACCCACACUACUGCCUGACACCAGAGCUGCUGCAAGUAAAACCAUAUCCAGAUAGCAGGGUCAGGCCAACCAAAGAGAUACUAGAAUUUCCUGCAAGGGAUGUUUAUGUGCCUAACACUACAUACAGGAAUUUGCUUUUCGUAUAUGCACAAAGUCUUAACUUUGCAAAUCGUCAAGGUUCAGCAAGGAAUAUUACUGUUAAAGUUCAAUUUAUGUGUGGCGAAGAUCCCAGCAACGCCAUGCCGGUAAUAUUUGGAAAAUCCAGUUGUGCAGAAUUUUCCAAGGAAGCUUACACAGCAGUCGUGUACCAUAAUAGAUCACCAGACUUCUAUGAUGAAAUUAAGAUCAAACUUCCUGCAACUUUGACAGACCAUCAUCACAUUCUGUUUACUUUUUACCACGUCAGCUGCCAGCAGAAACAAAACACUCCUUUAGAAACACCAGUUGGAUACACGUGGAUUCCAAUGCUUCAGAAUGGACGUCUGAGAACUGGCCAGUUCUGCCUCCCAGUGUCUCUAGAGAAGCCACCACAGUCGUAUUCGGUCCUCUCUCCAGAUGUGCCUUUACCCGGAAUGAAGUGGGUUGACAAUCAUAAAGGUGUUUUCAAUGUCGAAGUUGUUGCUGUUUCUGCAGUGCAUACUCAGGACCAGUACCUUGACAAGUUUUUUGCUCUUGUUCACGCGCUGGAUGAGCACAUGUUCCCUGUUCGGAUAGGGGACAUGAGAAUAAUGGAGAAUAAUCUUGAAACUGAGCUAAAAACCAGUAUUGCCGCCCUGAGCUCUUCUCAGUUGGAGCCAGUUGUGAGAUUUCUCCACAUCUUGUUGGACAAAUUGAUUCUGCUUAUUGUGAGACCUCCCAUCAUUGCAGGCCAAAUUGUUAAUCUUGGCCAGGCUUCUUUUGAAGUAAUUGCGUCUAUUGUAAAUAGACUUCACAAAUAUCUUGAUAGUAGCCAAGACCAGCAUGGGAGAAACAGCAUGUUGUCGUCAUAUAUCUAUUAUGUAUUUCGUCUGCCAAACACUGAUCCUAAUUCUCCAUCACCAGGUCCUGGUGGUCUAGGAGGUUCUGUACAUUAUGCUACUAUGGCUAGAUCAGCAGUCAGACCUGCAAGCCUUAACCUCAAUCGUUCAAGAAGUCUUAGUAAUAGUAAUCCAGAUAUCUCUGGAACGCCUACCUCACCAGAUGAUGAAGUAAGGUCAAUCAUUGGAAGCAAAGGUUUAGACCGCUCCAAUUCCUGGGUAAACACUGGUGGUUCUAAGGCUGGCACCUGGGGAGCCAACCCCAGUUCAAGUUCUGAAUCAAUGCAGGCCAUGGAUCGAAGUUGCAAUCGCAUGUCAUCGCACACUGAGACUGCAAGUUUCUUGCAAACAUUAACAGGACGAUUACCAACCAAAAAGCUGUUGCAUGAAGAGCUGGCUUUACAAUGGGUUGUCAGCAGUGGUAGUGUCCGUGAAGGAGCUCUGCAGCAAGCCUGGUUUUUCUUUGAGCUCAUGGUGAAAAGCAUAGUACAUCAUUUGUAUUUUACUGAUCGAUUGGAUUCUCCAAGGAAAAAUCGUUUCCCUGAACGUUUUAUGGAUGAUAUCAUGGCUUUGGUUAGCACUGUUGCUGCAGAUAUUGUCUCUAGGUUUCAGAAGGAUUUGGAACUGGUGGAGAGGCUAAAUAACAGCCUAGCUUUCUUCCUAAAUGACUUGUUGUCUGUUAUGGAUAGGGGAUUUGUUUUUAGCCUUGUGAAGACCUAUUGGAAGCAGGUUUCCACAAAGCUCUAUACACUACCAAGCCCUACAGUGUUGGUCUCAUUGAGGCUGGAUUUCCUCCGCAUUGUGUGCAGCCAUGAACAUUAUGUGACGCUAAAUCUGCCUUGCGGUUUGCUAACCCCACCAGCUUCUCCUUCACCCUCUGUAUCUUCAGCAACUUCUCAGAGUUCUGGCUUCUCAACCAACGUUCAAGAUCAGAAGAUUGCUAAUAUGUUUGAGCUUUCGGUGCCUUUCCGACAGCAGCACUACCUGGCCGGACUAGUGCUGACCGAACUGGCUGUUAUUCUGGAUCCGGAAGCAGAAGGGCUAUUUGGACUACAUAAGAAGGUCAUUAGUAUGGUUCAUAAUCUGUUAUCCAGUCAUGACUCUGACCCCCGAUAUGCUGACCCUGAUGUGAAGGCUCGGGUGGCUAUGCUUUACCUACCAUUAAUCGGCAUUGUCAUGGAAACUGUGCCACAACUUUAUGAUUUCACAGAGUCACACAACCAACGUGGAAGGUCAAGUGGCUCAACUAUAGAAGACUAUGACAGUGAAGGAGGCAGCAUGAUUAGUCAGACUGUUGCAAUGGCAAUUGCUGGGACAUCUGUUCCUCAGUUGUCACGGCCAAGCAGCUUCUUACUCAAUCCAACGGCCUCCAGGCAGUAUGCCACAUUUUCAGCAGAAUCAAGUCGAAGUCUCCUCAUCUGUCUCUUGUGGGUGCUGAAGAAUGCAGAUGAAAUGAUUUUACAGAAGUGGUUCACAGACUUAUCUGUCAUGCAGCUCAACAGGCUUUUGGAUCUGCUGUACCUCUGUGUUUCUUGCUUUGAGUAUAAGGGUAAAAAAGCUUUUGAAAGAAUGAACAGUUUAACGUUUAAGAAAUCAAAGGAUAUGAAGGCAAAGCUGGAGGAAGCAAUACUGGGAAGCAUUGGAGCAAGACAAGAGAUGGUGCGACGGAGCAGGGGGCAGUUAGAAAGAAGUCCUUCAGGCAGUGCAUUCGGCAGUCAGGAGAACCUAAGAUGGAGGAAAGAUAUGACCCACUGGCGUCAGAACAGUGAGAAAAUGGACAAGAGCCAGAAAGCAGUCAGAUCAAGAGCUGAGCUGGAGCAUGAAGCAAUCAUUGAUGGGAACCUUGCCACAGAAGCCAAUUUAAUAAUUUUAGAUACUCUGGAAAUAAUAGUGCAGACGGUAUCCCUCACAGAAUCAAAGGAGAGUAUACUUGGAGGAGUUCUAAGAGUCUUACUUCAUAGCAUAGCUUGCAACCAGAGCGCCCUGUACCUUCAGCAUUGCUUUGCCACGCAAAGAGCACUAGUGUCCAAGUUUCCAGAGCUACUUUUUGAAGAAGAAACUGAACAGUGUGCAGAUCUCUGUCUGAGACUCCUGAGAAACUGCAGUAGCAGCAUCAGUACUAUUCGGUCCCACGCCAGUGCUUCACUUUACCUUCUGAUGAGGCAGAAUUUUGAAAUUGGAAAUAACUUUGCAAGAGUGAAGAUGCAGGUUACAAUGUCCCUGUCAUCUCUAGUUGGAACAUCUCAGAAUUUCAAUGAGGAGUUUUUGAGGCGUUCUUUAAAGACUAUUUUGACCUAUGCUGAGGAAGAUUUGGAACUAAGAGAAACCACUUUUCCUGAACAGGUUCAGGAUCUUGUUUUUAAUCUCCACAUGAUCCUUUCGGAUACAGUGAAAAUGAAGGAGCACCAAGAAGAUCCAGAAAUGCUGAUUGACCUUAUGUACAGAAUUGCCAAAGGUUACCAAACAUCUCCAGACCUACGCUUGACCUGGCUUCAAAAUAUGGCAGGGAAACACUCAGAAAGAAAUAAUCACGCCGAAGCAGCUCAGUGUUUGGUACACUCAGCGGCUCUUGUAGCUGAAUAUCUUAGUAUGCUGGAAGAUCGUAAAUACCUGCCUGUUGGAUGUGUGACCUUCCAGAACAUCUCUUCCAAUGUGUUAGAAGAGUCUGCAGUAUCUGAUGAUGUGGUGUCUCCUGAUGAAGAAGGCAUUUGCUCUGGGAAGUACUUCACUGAAGCAGGACUUGUGGGACUGUUGGAACAGGCUGCUGCUUCUUUUUCAAUGGCAGGAAUGUACGAAGCAGUGAAUGAGGUUUACAAGGUGCUGAUUCCAAUCCACGAAGCUAACAGGGAUGCCAAGAAACUGGCAACAAUUCACGGUAAACUACAGGAAGCUUUUGGAAAAAUUGUUCACCAGAGUACUGGCUGGGAGGAUGGAAAGAGGAUGUUUGGUACAUAUUUCCGUGUUGGGUUUUAUGGAACCAAGUUUAGCGAUCUGGAUGAGCAAGAGUUUGUUUAUAAAGAGCCAGCAAUUACAAAACUUGCUGAGAUAUCUCACAGGCUAGAGGGAUUUUAUGGUGAGAGAUUUGGAGAAGAUAUGGUGGAAGUUAUCAAAGAUUCAAACCCAGUGGACAAAUGUAAAUUGGAUCCUAAUAAGGCAUAUAUUCAAAUAACGUAUGUGGAACCUUACUUUGAUACCUACGAAAUGAAGGACAGGAUCACAUACUUUGAUAAAAAUUAUAAUUUGAGGCGGUUCAUGUACUGUACACCAUUCACACUGGAUGGGAGAGCCCAUGGUGACCUCCACGAACAAUUCAAGCGCAAGACAAUCCUAACAACGUCACAUGCAUUUCCUUAUAUUAAAACCAGGAUCAAUGUCAUCCAUAAAGAAGAGAUCAUUUCGACACCAAUUGAAGUGGCUAUUGAGGAUAUGCAGAAAAAAACCCAAGAACUUGCAUUUGCCACCCAUCAGGAGCCAGCGGAUCCAAAGAUGCUACAGAUGGUGCUCCAAGGCUCUGUGGGAACAACUGUCAAUCAGGGUCCUUUGGAAGUGGCUCAAGUGUUCCUGUCAGACAUUCCAAAUGAUCCAAAGUUAUUCAGACAUCAUAAUAAACUACGAUUAUGUUUCAAGGACUUCACCAAAAGAUGUGAAGAUGCUCUACGGAAAAACAAGAGUCUGAUUGGUCCAGAUCAGAAAGAAUAUCAACGUGAACUCGAGAGAAAUUAUCAUCGCCUCAAGGAGGCGCUCCAGCCUCUGAUAAACCGGAAGAUCCCCCAGCUAUAUAAGCCAGUGCUGCAGGUGAACUCUCACAGAGACUCCUUCAGCAGACUGAGCCUUCGGAAACUCGACCUUUAAAUUCCCCGGCCAACUUAUUUAUUCACUUGUAAAUAUCCACGGACUGUACUUGUGAGCAAGUAAACGCUUCCAAGCCCGGACUGGCCCGCCAUCUUGUGUCCGCCUCUGUGCAGAUUCUUAUUGUUCUGUCCUCAAGUAUUUCAUAUGACAUUGUAUAUUUUGAAUUUUUUUGAGCAGUCUGAAAACAAAGGGUAUCACUAUUUAAAGUAUUUUUAUUUAGCUCAGUUCAUUUGUUAAAUUAGGAUGUUUUAAAGUUGUUUUACAUACACUCUGCUCUCACAUAUUUUACUAUGUAAUAAAUAUUUUAAUGUCUGCAGUAUUUUUCUUUCAAGUACCAACAGCCAGUAUUGGAAUGUCGCACCGUGCCAGGAAAGCGAAAAAUAAAUAAAUGAAAACCCAA